GUUCAUGGGCGCGUGCGUGCACGAGGGCCAGCUGCACGCGCUGACUGAGUACAUCAACGGCGGCAGUCUGGAGCAGCUGGUGCAGUCGGAGGAGCCGCUCAGCUGGGAGACGCGCGCCAGCCUCGGCCUGGACAUCGCGCGGGCGCUGCACUACCUGCACCGGCGCCAGGUGUUCCACCGCGACCUCACCAGCAAGAACGUGCUGAUUCGGCGGAAUGACGAUGGGUCGCUGUCGGGCGUGGUCGGCGACUUCGGCUUGGCCGCCAAGAUACCCAACCCGCUACUGCCCAGCCCUCUCAGCACGGUCGGCUCUUUCUGGUGGAUGGCACCCGAGUGCAUCACCAACCGGCCGUACAACCAGCGGGCGGACGUGUUCAGCUUCGGCGUCAUCCUGCUGGAGAUGAUGGCACGCGUCUCGGCCGACCCGGACGUGCUGCAGCGCACGCCGUCCUUCGGCAUCGAUUACCUGGCGUUCGUGUCGCUCUGCCCGGCCGACUGCCAGCUGGAGCUGCUGCUGAUCGCCUUCAGCUGCUGUGUGCAUGAGGCAGCCAGCCGGCCGUCGUUUGGCGAGCUGGUGCGCCGGCUGGAGGCGGUGCUCAGCGGGCUGCGCGCGGAGCUGAGGCGGGCUGUCUCCCCCACGCCGCGGCUGGCGCACGCCGAGGAGAGACACCAGCGUACGUGCCGCCGCACCUCCCGACCCAGAUGCCCGGCCGUGGACCACCGCCGUUCCCUCUCGGACGAUAACCAGCUGGCGCUCGCCGACGCGUGCUCACCGAGCGACAAGGCGCGCGUCCACCGGCGCCACUCGCACUGCCGCGAGACGCGGCCGCGGCCGGCGCUGCGCUCGCCGCGGGACGUGGCCGAGUACAUGGCGGCUCGGGACCCCGCCUACAAGCCGGGCGACACCGCCAACCCGUUUAACGCGCUCAAGCAGUACCGCGAUGGCCGAAACGUGGGUGAGCCCGAGCCAGCCGAGCUGUCGCCGGGCUCGUGCCGCUCGGAGCAGAGCCAGGAAGAGCUGGCGCGCUGGCGGGCGCCGCUGGCACACCGCUCGUCCUCCGUGUACACCGACUCGUCGGACGACAUCAGCAGCCUGGGCUGCGAGGCCGAGGAGCGCGGCCGGCCCGACCGCGGCGGUGGCGACACGGACAUCCGCCAGAUCGUCGAGUACUUCGAGCGGAGCGGCGGCGGUCUACCCAUCUCGCGCGGCUCCGUGCGCGACAAGCUGACCGUGUUUGAGAACCGCGGGUAG